GCUAAACGCUGAAGUUGGAGAAAAGUUUGACAAGACCCGAGGAACUACGAGAAAAAAAGUAAUCAAAGAGAUACGGAAGGAGGUACGUUUGCGAAACUCGACAAAACGUUUCUUGAGAUUCGAUGGAAAGCGUAACCCAGAAAAUUAUGACGUCGGGAUUCAGCCUCGAUCUGGGACCCCUGAAAGAACCACUGGCCUUCAUUAGACUUCUCGAAUGGGUUUUCUCUAUAUUUGCCUUUGCUACGACUGGGGGUUAUGCAGGAACCACGAGCAUCAAUGUGCAGUGCCAAGAGAGUACUAGCGUCAGUGAAAUACAUGCCAUCUUCAACUAUCCAUUCAGGUUGAUGCAGCAUCCAUACAAUGUCCCUGAUUGUAUAGUCAAUAAAACCGACACCACCAGUUUCUACCUAACCGGAGACCACUCAUCCUCAGCAGAGUUCUUUGUCUGUAUUGGAGUUUUUGCUUUCCUCUACAGUACUGCCACGCUGGUCCUCUACCUCGGCUACCAACACCUUUACAGAGAGUCUAGUCGGGGACCUAUCGUGGACCUGCUGAUAACUGCACUCCUGGCCUUCCUGUGGUUUGUGUCCUCAUCAGCCUGGGGUAAAGGCUUGACUGAUGUUAAGUGGGCCACCAGUCCUUCAACCAUUGUAGUGCUCCUUGAUGUCUGCAAGGACACUCGCAACAAGUGCACCCCAGGUGCAGUGCCUCGCAUGGGCCGACUAAACGCCUCUGUGAUUUUUGGUUUUCUCAACCUCAUACUUUGGGGUGGCAACUGCUGGUUCAUUUACAAGGAAACACCCUUCCAUAAAUCAGCGAACCAGCCUGCAAAUGUGAAGGGAGAAGUUGAGCCAUCCUAAUUGCAGAGCAUCCUCAUCUCAAAACUCCCACAUGUAGUGACUGGGAGGGACUUGUCUGUUACUAACUAUGCUUAGGAAAAUGUUUUUGAUUAAUCUUGAAAACAAGUCUCUGAAGUUAUUCAAGUUGAACUUGGUUAGACUGAAAUCAAAGCAGAAAAGUACAGCUGUUUAGAAUGUAUGUUGUGGACAAUGGUCACUAAAUUUCAAGUUUUUAUGUGAAGUAAUCUAUCGAAUAUUGACACUCAAAAAUAGAGGGAACCAUGUGGCCUUCUCUUGGAUAAUAUGCAGCUGUGGAAUAUGAAGCUUUCUGUACUAGUUGUAUAAUCUGGCAUCACUUGAGUGAAUCCAAUGAAAUGCUUAGGUGAACAGUUUAAGUGUAUGCCAAAUCAAAACGAGUUUAUAACUUAUUGGCAUAAAUAUGCAUUUCACAAAUUGGCACCAAUCAAUGUAGGAAAUGAAAAACAGAAUAACACCAAGCCAAUAAUGAAAGAAUGGUGAAUUAAUUUGGUGCUGACCUUGAUAUUGCACACACUAUAUAUAUAUAUGAAACAUCUAUUAUGUAGGUAACCAAAAUAGUCUCGGUCCAACUUAAAUUUGGCUUCUGAAAGUGUGCUUUCUAUUAAUAUAAGUGAAAACCUUUUUUUGCGUUCAUAUGAAUUAAUGCAUUCAAAAUACCAUUUUGAGAUGAGUGAAGCAAUGCCCCCCCCCCAUAUUGUCUCUUAACACUCCGUUAUGCAACUUAAUACCUGACUGAUUGUUGUGCCAAAAGAACACGGUGUAUCAGCACAAAAGCCCUUCAAUUAUUUUACAUUUGCUUUAAAAUUUGUUGAUGUUCCUUUCCAAGAAAAUCGAAAUUUUGUCACCAAUCCUUUAGAGCCAUACUGGAUAUAAAUCACAAUGGUAAAAUAUUUGAUAAUUUUCUCUUGUCAUGCAUGGUUGUACUGUUACUUAAAUUAAGUUUUUUUUAAGUUGAUUUUUUUAAGAAAAUAAACCCGCAAACUCCUGCACUGUUUGCAUGCAAAAAGAUAAAAAUAAAAUCUAACGUUAGUUCUUAAUCUCAGUUGUUUCAAGUAUUAGCAACAUAAAUGUUGUAGCUUUCUCGUGAUCUCUCCUACCUCGAGUUAGGCAAAUCAAACAAGCAGUUUGUCAUGGAUGUCAUUUCACUUUAUGCAAUGCUUUUCCCAUUUGAACUAGGUCUGCUUAUUUUGCCGUUAAUCACCUGAUCCGCUAUGGUGUGAUUGUUAAGAGUAGACCUUAGAGUCCAACUUCAUUCCCGGGAGAAAUACGCUAUUUUAUAUAAACUCUGUUCAGUGUUCAACAUUAAAAGCAAGAGCUGAUAUGUCA